AUGGCGGAAGAAAACCGACCUGCGCUGAUUGAUUUUUCCCUGAUUCCUGAAGAUGACGGCAACGACGACAAUCCUGAGCGUGAAGGCAAACUAGUGGGGAACAAGGGCAAAUUGCAGCAGAUACUCAAUUUGACAGACAAAGGGGAGUGGACGGAGUGGUUGAGGUCAUGCCUGGUGCAACCAUGGUGGAUUGAGUUAUGGACUGAAUGCCUCUCAAAACGUGCGAGUGGAGAGCGGGGAGUUGGUGUGGGUGAGAUCCAGGCAAAAAUCCUGGCUGGUGAGGGCAAUGGACGGAAUGAAUACAGUGACCCCAUACCUGAGAAGAAGGAAUGGAGCGCCGCCGACCACAUAGCAAGGUUCCAUUUCAUGGUUGUCUGGGCCUUGAAGGGUUACCUCACCAAAAUCCAUACGCCAUCACAUAUCAAAAAGCCCACCGGUGGGGCCGCUAUUUUUGGUGAAAGGCCCUCCAAGCUCAAGCGCAUGGAGUCCGACAAGGCAAAUGCUGGGUCUGAAGAACGCAAUGAAAAUGAACUCAAGGAGGCUGAGACCACCCAAGCCACUGAGUCAGAAGAGGCGGUUACAAGUCAACAGGUGGACACAGCCAAUGAAGAUGAGAAUGAUAGUGAUGAUCAUGAUGGAGAGCCACUGCUUCUGGACAGUGAUCUAUGGAAAAAUGAACUCCUGAGCCCAUGCAAGCAAAUUGUCCUGAAGAAACAAUCCACAGACUUCAACAGGGAAGAGGCAUAUUGGCAGUUCAUGUUGAUCACUGAAGCUCUUGCAUGUACUCAAAUCAUUGGAUUUACUGAUAACGCACCUGCUGCUGUUGAUAAUGAUCCAUCAAGUAUUGCGAACACGGUGUGGGAGCCACUGGUCAUCCUCCCUGGCUCUAAAAAGUCUCAGGUCAGAACAGAGACAUUUGAAAGUUCAUAUUACACCAAUGCCACUGACCUGGAAUCCUCUUAUGCAGGAGAGAUUGACUCUACCAAGGAGCCCAGUGAUGUUAUUAUCCCAACAGAAGAGUCUAUCGCCCGGCUGCAGGACCUUAAGAAAAUCAUUGACAAUAAGGACUACCAGCGCGAUGACCAUGAACAAGCAUGUCAUUUCCUAGGAAUUCAGAGCCAUACAGUGCCCCAUCUGUUGUACAUGAACCGUUCGGCCAUUUUAAAGCAUUGGCAGCCGGUUGCCAUUGCUGGAAUCAUGUGGAUGCAGGAAGUGGACUAUCUUCAGGGGGCCGUACUCGGAGACCACGUGGGCCUGGGUAAGACCUGGGAAGCUGUUGGCGUACUGCUAUAUGUGAGUUGGCUCAUAUUACUUCCUUGA